AUGACGCACCAUUUCGAUCAAUUCAUUGGGGAGGACGCCAAGGAAGAUGAGUGGAAGACUGUUUCGCCGGAUAUCGUAAAAAAUAUUGUAUUGGAGAUCAGCGACCGUUCUUAUCCGACACGAAGACGCUCUCGCCUUUGGCAGAACUAUCGAUCACAAUCAGUCACCGCCACACAGUCUCAAGGUGAUAGAAAGUAUAUUGCCAAGGGUUUCGAUCUCAAUGCCCCUGCUGCCACGAGCGGGAAAGAUGGAGAUAAUUCCCCUUCGUAUUUUUCUUCAGGAAUUCAGCCACCAUCACUGUCUUCCCCGCCGCCUCAAAACGACGUCAAUUCUGCUACCCAGACAUCUGAUCUUACUUCCGAUCUCAGUACACACGAGAAGCCUAAAAGUAGCACCCAUGCGGAAUUUGAUCUUAACGCCACUCCACAAAUGAAUGAUGACGUUAAAUUUGCUCCUAAGAGGGAGUUUGAACGACAUGCUCUUUCGGACAUGCAAUCCGGUCUUAACUACCCUCGGGGGUUUGAUUUGAAUAUCCCACUGGGCUCGGAAGGCAAACUUCCAGACAAUCUUCGAAGCUAUCGCAAGUUGCCAGGAUCUUGGAACCAGGCGUCACAUUUGCUUUCACCCAUGGUUUUAACCAAACAUCUAGAGUAAUUUUUCCCUUCGCGUUUUCACCUACAAAAAUUUGACAGCCCAAAAUUUCUAUGCAAAUUUCUCAAAGAUGAUUUUGGGUGCUUGCAGAGCCACUCUUCUGAUAACUGUUUGCAAUUAGGCAAGCAAUUCUUGCCCAACUUAUUGGGGG